AUGUUUAAUGUAACUAAUAUCCUUGCUCGUAUAAUACUAGCAACGGUUUGUCAGACAUAUAAAAAUGUUGAAAACGAUACGAUUGAAGCCAUUUAUAAAUUCCCACUUCAUGAAGCUGCAGCAGUAUGUGCAUUUGAAGCUGAGAUUGAUGGAAAGAAAAAAGUUAAAGGAAUUGUCAAAGAAGCAAAACAGGCAGCGCAGGAAUAUGACAAAGCUAUACAGCAAGGUCAUGGGGCUUAUCUCUUUGAAGAACAACUCCCGGAUAUUUUCCAAUGCUCCGUUGGCAAUAUCACUGCUGGUCAAACUGUU